AUGAUUGACGAGAUUUCAUUGUUGGCAAACUUUGUUCAAAUAAAGACUGAAACAGCAUAUCAGCGAUCAAAAUUCAGUGGGUUGUGUUUGUACCCUUCCAUUCUCUUAUUGAUGGCAUUUGAUAGAAGCAUAAUAAAUAUUGGAUCAAUUCUAAUGACAUUGAUUUUAAAAGCUAUUUUAAAAAAUCAUAAUAAAUUAAUUUAUUUCUUAAGAGUUUUGUUAGUAUUCCCCGAGCUGCUUCUUUAAAAUUAGAAUCAUGCCUUGCUGAGUUCAUUUUUUAUCAACCAAAUAUUCGUGCCUUAUUGGCCAAACCAAAUACCUUUUUUGAUGAUAAUGGUUAGGUCAGUGAAUGGAUUGUACUUGGGAUUCGGAUUGAUUAUGUUGUCUCGAUAUCUUGAAGUUAUAAAGCGAAGAUUCUUUAUAUCAUUUUAUUUCUAGGAAUAUCUUUAGCAUCAGAAGGAGAAUGUGUUUGAGCAAUUGCCUAUAGAUGUCUUUAUGAUAAAUAGUGAAGCAAACAUUAUCUAUAGUAAUAAUAAUGUAAAAUAAUUUGAUAAUGAAUUAUAAAGGAAAUUGGAAAAUACUAUACGUAAGAAGAAAAUGAAUUAAAUAACUAUCAAUAGCAAAUAUUAUACCUUGGAACAAUAUAACUCUGACUUCGUAUUGACAUAAUCCUAGUUUAGUUGUGGUGAUGUUGAACUCUUUACAAAAUUGUCUCAACAAAUAGAUUAACUGUAUAACCUAUUAUGUCAGGACUAUCAGAAAUGGAACAACCUAAGAGCAUUCAAAGUGGUGAAGGAGAGUGAUCUCAGUAUAUUGGGAUAAUGCACUACGGAUUGUAGACUAUUAAAACAGUAAAUAGAUGCCAUGACCAUUUUAAAUCAUGAUUUUCAACAAAUUAAAUACCAGUCAGUUUAGAAUGAUGAAUUUUUUUUGAAGAACUAUGUUGUGAAUGUAAUUGAAUCUAUGGUUAAUCGACUCUAAGAGCAUUUCAAUCUUAUUCAACUCGAAUUCGAAGAGGGCAUUCCAGAAAAACUUGUAGGAAACAAACAUGGCAUUCUCUAUAGUCUAUAUGCAUUCUUAAAGAGUGCCUUACUGGUUGAAUAGAAAUCAGAACUGUUGACUAUAAAUGUUAGAAUAGCAAAAGUAUAUUUGGACAAGUCUGAAUAUGAUCUGGAGAUAUCCAUAAGUUAUCCAUGUUCUACCAAAUAAAUGAAAUUGUAUUGUCAGGAUGAAUAUGAAAAUGAAAAUGAGAAAAUGUUAUUGAUAAUGAUCAAUUAAUGCAAGCAAUUGUUAUCCAUUGAUUAUAAAACUGAUGGAGACAACAUAAUCAUUCUCUUGAUAACCAAUGUUCAAUUGUGUAAGAAGAGUGAUAAAUCCUGUGAUAACAUUCAAAUGGUAGACUUGACUUUCACCAAGAAUGUUGUUGAUUAGAAUCAUUAUUUCUGGAAUGCUAAACGAUUUGCCUCUCCAGCUAUGACUUAUGAUAAAUCUUUGAGAUCGCCAUUACAAAAAUACACUGCUAAAUUUAAUAAUCCUGAUUCCUUAGCCUCAACUAUCCAAUUGAAAUCAAUCCCCUAAUCAACUUUCGCCUCUGCUGCCAAUUCAAAUGCCCAAUCUCUUGAAAAUACUUAAGUCCAAAAUUAAGACAUUAUAAAGGAAGUCGAAAUUGCAAUCAAAUAUACCAUCCAAUACCCACAAAUCCAAGAUGAUAUUAUUAAAUUACUUGAAUAAACCUUGAAGGUAGCCUACAAUGAAGGGAUCUUGGAUCAUGAUAAAACUAUACUCGAUAUUGGAUAUCAUCAUAUGCAUUAUGAGAAGUACAGUCAAAUUAGUGUUCAAUCUGACACUCCCUUUGUUAAAGAUUACGGGGAUCAAUUGCACAAUGACAAAGAUACAAGAUUUGAUGCUCUCCCUAAAUAGUUUACUACUCCAUAAUAAAAGCCUAGACAAUUUUAGAGAUUGGAUAAUUUUAGAGCAUAACCUAUACAUGAUAUCAUCAAUAAAAACAAGGAAGCAAAUAAGUUUAUACAGGGGAAGAGAAAUUAAGACCAAAAAUAAUUAAGUGUUCUGUUCAGUCCUUGGGUAAUGAGCAAAUUUAAAAACAACUUGGUCUCCAUUGUAUAAUCCAAGACCUCCUUGCCUAAUAUUGAUGAUAAUAAUGGUAUUUCUAUAUCUAAAUGUCUAGAACACAAAUUCCAUAUUCGAAUCAGAGAUCACAGAUUGAAAAAGUAACAGAGAAAAUGGACUAACAAAAUCAAAUUGGAUGAGCUACCAAAGUAAUAGCCCAGAAUUCUCUGUUUAAUUCCAAGCACUCAAUACAUUUAGGUUGCCUAAAGGUUUGGCAAUAGUAUGUAUGGAGAUUAAAUGGUUGGAGAACCCAUCAUUACCUACUCAGUCUCUGAAUUGAUUAGGAUUUAUAAAUAACAUUUCAAUGGAGGCAAACAAUUUUGCUUCAUUCUGAUUUACAUUCACAAAAUCGGGGAGAUUGAGGAAUUGAGUAUUGCUUUGUAAAGUAAUGAGAAUCAAUGGCCUCAAGAUUCUGGUUUCAAAAAAACUGUGUUGAUUGGAAUUUACAAUUAAACUUAACUGAACAAAAAUCUAUAUUAGCAUCUUAAGUAUACUAUACCUCUGAGUCAGGAUGCAGAGUAAUUGGCUAAAUCAAAAGAAUGGAUAGCGGAAAUAAGUAAAUGA